UCCAAAGCAAGUAAAAGCAUGAAUAUAAGCCCCGGAAGCCGCCUAGGCUUAGCAAUAGCAUUGAUUCAAAGAGCAAAAAGUGCAACGUCUUAUUCAAUUUUGUGUAGUCAAUUCUUAAAGAAUUGUUCUUUUUUACUCCAUUAUUUAUUGUUAUUUCUGUGACCUUCCAUUCCCAAGACUGGCCAAGACCAAGAGGGGAUUUUGAUGAUUGACACUAGGGAAGAUUGAAGGAAGGCACGUAAUUCAAUACCCAAUUAAUUCCCUUUUCUUAUCAUUCAGUAUCUGUAUCUCAUUCUGGUGGGGUUUGUGACUUUGUGCUGGUGGGCUUUAUAUCGCUUGCUACCAUCUUCUUCCAUUACCCAUUUUCCAUAAUUAUUCUUCAUGGACCAUACAUUCCUGUGAUUUUCCCUGAAAGUUCCUAACUUUUUUCUUUAUAAAACCAAAAUUUCAUGCUUCUUACUUUCUUUGAUUCUUAAGCCUCUUGAAUCAUUCAUCACCCUCUGUUUUUCCUCCAAACAUUCCCUUAUACACAAAGGGAGUAAAGUAGGAUAGGAUGGCAGUAAGUGUAGCAGCAGGAAAUAGUCAUUUGGUGUUUGAGAAACCCCACCUUGAUGGAAAUGGAUGCAACCAAUCUUGGAGGAUUUCUGGAGUCACUUUCUGUGGAACCACAAGAGAACAGCUUUCAUGGUCUUGUUCACUCUCUGGAUCGAGAUUGCAUCAUCAUCAUUAUCGAAAUGUUGAGGUUCUUCAAACGAAAAAUCAGAGGAAAACAUUAAGAGCAAUAACUACAUCAUUUAUGAAAGAUAGGAACACAAUGUGCUUUGAUUUUUCAGUUAUCGGAAGUGGGAUUGCUGGCCUUCGUUAUGCUCUCGAAGUUGCAAAGCAUGGAACGGUUGCUGUGAUAACAAAGGCCGAACCUCAUGAGAGCAACACAAACUAUGCACAAGGUGGUGUUAGUGCCGUACUGUCCCCUUCUGACUCCGUUGAAAGUCACGUGCAAGAUACUAUUAUUGCCGGAGCUUACUUAUGCGAUGAGGAGACUGUCAAGGUGGUAUGCACUGAAGGGCCGGAAAGAGUUUUGGAACUAAUUGCAAUGGGUGCAUCCUUUGAUCAUGGUGAUGAUGGUAAUUUGCAUCUCGCAAGGGAGGGUGGCCAUUCCCAUCACAGAAUUGUUCAUGCAGCGGAUAUGACAGGAAGGGAGAUCGAGAGGGCCCUAUUAGAAGCUGUUAUCAGGGACCCGAAUAUUUUCUUGUUUGAACACCAUUUUGCUAUCGAUCUUCUUACCUCUCAGGAUGGUUCUGACACUAUUUGCCAUGGUGUUGACACUUUAAAUACCGAAACGUUGGAGGUGGUGCGAUUUCUAUCCAAAGUAACUUUACUAGCAUCCGGUGGGGCUGGUCAUGUCUAUCCAACCACAACUAAUCCGACGGUAGCAACUGGAGAUGGAGUUGCUAUGGCUCAUCGAGCUCAAGCUGUGAUUGCUAACAUGGAGUUUGUUCAAUUCCACCCAACAGCCUUAGCAGAUAAGGGCCUUCCCGUAACACCAACUAAGGCACGAGAAAAUGCGUUUCUGAUAACCGAAGCAGUGAGGGGAGACGGUGGGCUCCUCUAUAACUUAGACAUGGAAAGAUUCAUGCCUUUGUACGAUGAAAGAGCAGAGCUUGCACCCAGAGAUGUGGUGGCAAGAAGUAUAGACGAUCAACUGAAAAAGAGGAAGGAAAAAUACGUUCUUCUUGAUAUUAGUCAUAAGCCGCGAGAAGAAAUCCUUUCUCAUUUCCCGAACAUAGCAGCUGAAUGUCUCAAGUUUGGGCUUGACAUAACCCGACAGCCCAUUCCUGUGGUUCCCGCAGCUCAUUACAUGUGCGGGGGUGUUCGAGCAGGGCUCCAAGGGGAAACUAACGUCAAAGGCCUCUAUGUUGCAGGAGAAGUUGCUUGCACUGGUUUGCAUGGAGCCAAUAGGCUUGCAAGUAAUUCAUUACUUGAAGCCUUGGUUUUUGCACGAAGAGCCGUACUGCCUUCCAUAGACCACAUGUGUAAUUCUACGCUGAAUUUGAGCGCUUCCAAUUGGUGGGAACAACCGAUGGGGCCCACAUCACUUGGCGAUGAAGUACUCGCAAAACACAUAACAAAGACGAGGGAGAUAAGGAAAGAAUUGCAAGCCAUCAUGUGGAAAUAUGUCGGUAUAGUAAGGUCCACGGCUAGGCUAACAACUGCGGAGCAAAAGAUUGCCAAGUUGGAGGCUAAGUGGGAGGAGUAUUUAUUUCAACAUGGAUGGAAGCCUACGAUGGUUGGGAUUGAAGCUUGCGAAAUGAGGAAUCUCUUUUGUUGUGCUAAGUUGGUUGUUAGCAGUGCGUUAUCAAGAACCGAGAGUCGAGGCCUUCACUACACCGUUGAUUUCCCGCACCUAGAAGAAAGCAAAAGGCUCCCUACUAUCAUUUGGCCGAGCUCGCAUGUCAACACUACGUGGAGUUCCAGGCAGCUUCAUCAGCAGUCCAUGUACAACUACCUAUAGUCUACACUCGAAAGUUGUAUGUCCAUGUCCCAUUUUUUGUAUCGUUUUAGAAAUCAACAUUUGCCCCUAUGCAAUGCCUUGUUCAUCCAAGAACAUAUAUCCGGUUGGGAGUUUUCGAUCCUUUUUGUCAUGGGUAUCUCGUUUUUAUGAUCGUUUUAUCAUCGCAAAUGUAUUACAUUUGGUUUUGUAAAUAAUUCUUCAUUAUCAUACACAAGGGAUUAAUGCUUAUGAUCACCCAUCAUCA